CUCCAUCGAGGAGCCUACUCUAGCGCAGACGGACCGAGCAUGGACCCCGGGAGCACCCCCAGCGCUGGCGCGCCGGCCCUGCUGGCGCUCCUCAUCCUGAACCUCUGCUCGACCACCUCUCAGGAUGUCGCCAAGAACCGCUGUGACCAGAUGGUGACAGCCACCACCUCCUCCCGCUGCCACUCCUGCCUCAUCAGCACCCUGGUGGACUGCCCCUAUGGCUUCCGGAAGAUGACCGACAAGGGGGACCAAAACUGCAAGUACACCGUCAACACAGCCAGAAACUUGGGCCUGUCCAUCAGCGGCUGCUCUCACCAGUGCCACAAGGUUGUCCUGGAGCCCCGCUGCUGCCCAGGCUACUGGGGGACUGAUUGUAUCGAGUGCCCAGAGACCGCUCAGAAGCCCUGCAACAACAACGGGGUAUGCUCCGACGGCCUCGCGGGCAACGGCACCUGCAGCUGUAAGGCAGGGUUCUCGGGAACAGCAUGUGAAGACUGCAGCAGCGCCUUCUACGGCCCCACCUGCAGCUCAGCCUGUGGCUGUGUCCAUGGUAUCUGUAACAGCGGUAUCCAUGGUGACGGGCAUUGUACUUGUUUCUCGGGAUACAAAGGGCUGAGGUGUGACCAGGAGCUCCCGGCGUGCACGUCCCUGCAGUGCUCCCAGAAUGCUCGCUGCGGCGAGGACGCGCUCACGGGCCAGCUGCAGUGCAGGUGCCUGCCAGGUUACCAGGGAAACGGAGUCCUGUGCGCCUCCAUAAACCCCUGCCUGCAGCAGGUGUGUCACUCAAACGCUGUCUGUGCCCACCUGGGCCCCAAUAAGCACUCCUGCACCUGCGCCCAGGGUUACAGCGGCGACGGGGUGGUGUGUAUGGCGGUGAACCCCUGCCAGACGGAUUUCGGGGGCUGUGCCGCGGAUUCAGCCCGCUGCGUGUAUGACGGCCCUGGAAAGUCUCAUUGUGAGUGUGUGGAGGGGUUCGACAACCUGACACCGUCUGGAGCCUGCAGUCUGAAGGAUGCAUGUACACCAGGCUACUGCAGCAAGGAUGCCGUGUGUGUCACAACAGGGCCCAGCCUUGCACAGUGCACGUGUAACAAGGGUUACAUCGGCAAUGGGAAAGUUUGCUACGGCAACAUCAUGCAGCGACUGCAGGACCUAAACACCGACCCCAACGGCCAGUGGACCGGUCAGCUGUCCAACGCCAUCACACUGUUCGAGUCCACCCUGUCCUGGGCUCUCUCCUCUCUGGGUCCCUUCACUGUCUUCAUUCCCCUGAACAAGGGCUUCAAAGGCACAUCGGUGAAGACGCUGUUGGCGGACCAGAUGAACGCUCAGUACCUGUGUAAGCUGCACGUGGUAGCAGGAGAGCUGUCCCUGGAGACUCUGAAGAAGGGCGACAUCUACUACACCCUGACCGGGAAGUCUGGGGAGACCGUGACCACUGAUGAGGAUCAGCAGAUGAAAAUCCGCAUCCACGGCAGCAGGAAGAAGGGCGACAUCGUGCAGUCUGAUGUCAUCGCCUCCAAUGGAGUCGUGCACAUCAUCAACAAGCUGAUGGACAGCGUGGCUCCCACCGUGAAGAGCGAGAAAGAGGAGAACCUGAGGAAGAUUCUCUCGGACAAUGGGAAAUUUGACAAGUUUAGGAGCUUAUUAGAGAAAGCCAACGUGGUGUCCCUUCUGGAGGGAGCGGGCCCGUACACGUUGUUCGCUCCCACCAGUGCAGCCAUGGACGCCAUGAACCAAGCGGACCUGGACUACCUCCUCUCCGACCAGGGUAAAACGAAACUUCUGGAGCUGGCGAGGAACCACAUAAUCCCGUCUGUGAAGCUGGAGGUUGUCAACGUUGCGUCAAAUCCGCGCACUGUUACGAUGGCCAAUCAAGUCCUCACAUUCAACGUGACCAGCAAUGGGCAGAUUCUGGUUAACGGAGCGGCAAUCCUUGAGGCAGACGUUCAGGCCAAAAACGGGCGUCUGUACUCGGUGGACGGAGUUCUCAUCCCUGCCUCCAUCCAGCCCAUCUUGCCCCGGAGAUGUGACGUUCAGAAGUCCAGCGUCGUCACGGUCAACUGUGUCCGGUGUUCCGAAUUGACGGCGUCAUCCUGUCCCUCUGGCGUUACCGCGAUCAAGCUCGCCAGGAGCUGCGUCUUCAGAGACAACGUGCUCGGCGUCGUCGUGCCGACACUUGGCUGCUCUCUCUUCUGCAAUGAGACCCUGACCACCCUGAUGUGCUGUAAGGGUUUCUACGGGCCAGACUGCAGCCCCUGUCCUGGGGGCUUCACCACACCCUGCUCCGGGCAGGGCCAGUGCAUGGACGGGAUCGAUGGGAAUGGGACCUGUGUCUGUAAGGACAAAUUCAAGGGCUCUCGCUGCCACUUGUGUUCCAGCUCCACCAAAUAUGGACCCGGCUGUGACAAAACUUGCCCCUGCAUCCACGGGGAGUGUGACAACCGGCCCGACGGGGAUGGGUCCUGCAAGCCGGGCACCUGCCAGGAAGGGUACACGGGCCGGUUCUGCGAGCGCCACACCCAGACCUGCGGGCCCAGGGUGCAGUUCUGCCACGCCCACGCCACGUGCGACUUCAACGGGGGAGCGGUCAGGUGCAUUUGUAACGCUGGUUACCAGGGUGACGGGAUCUUGUGCAUGGAGACAGACCCGUGUGCCCUGCCUUACAGGGGAGGGUGCAACAUCAAUGCCAAGUGCAUGAAGACGGGGCCGGCGUCCCACAUCUGCCAGUGCCUGAGGGGCUGGAGACAGGACGGGGCCGGGUGCCAGGCCAUCAACAACUGCCUGGAUGCCGGCUACGGCGGCUGCCACGACAACGCCACCUGCAUCAACAUCGGCCCGGGACAGAACGACUGCGAGUGCAAGAAUGGUUUCCGUGGAAACGGCAGGGAGUGCGAGCCUAUCAACCAGUGCGCCCUGCAAAAUGGCGGCUGCCAUUACAUGGCUACCUGUCAGUACCUGUCGGCAGGCGCGUGGAAGUGCGUGUGUAAGGAGGGCUACUCCGGCGACGGGCAGGUGUGCUACGGGACCAUGGCACAGGAGCUGUCCGCCAUUCCUGAGGGGGCGGAGUUCUACAAGUGGGUGAACGACGCCGGCGUCUCUAAGCUGCUCUCAUCGGGCCCAGACUUCACCCUCUUCAUCCCCUCUGUGACCGCCAUCCAGAACAUGGCCAAGGCCGACCGGGACUUCUGGACCGCCAGGAGCAGUUCCCUCACCACCCUCAUCAAGUAUCACAUGAUUUUGGGAGUCUGGCCCCUGGGGGACAUACGGAACGCCUCCACCCUGCUGCUCACUUCCUUUCUGAAGACAUCACUUCCUGUCUCCUGGAACGAUAUGUCCACAGUCGUUGGAGGAGGUAAGAUCACAUCAUCGGACAUAGCAGCAACCAACGGAGUCAUCCAUAUUAUCGAUAAGGUGUUCAUUCCGGACAGGAAGCUGAGCGAGGGACUGCUGGAGCUGCUGGAGCAGAAGAUGGAUUACUCUCUCUUCAGGAGCGCUCUGAUCCAAUUCAACCUGACGCAGCAGAUGGAGAAGACCCCGGCCUACACGGUGUUCGCUCCCAACGACACUGCCGUCAGGACCUUCCUGAGCAGGACGGGCGCCACAUCACUGGACUUGAACACGACGCAGAAUCACAUCAUCCUGACGGAGAGGCUGAUGAAGAGUGACCUGCGCUCUGGGGUGUACAAAGACACCAUGCUUGGGUUCUCCUUCCAAGUGGGGUUCUUCCUCAGAGACGGCAAUGUGUUUGUGGAGAAGGCUCAGGUGGGCGUGUCGGAUGUGGUGACCAGUAAGGGGGUUAUUCACGGCCUGUCGGCUGUCCUGGAGGUGCAGGGCAACCGCUGUGACAAAGAGGAGUCCAAUCUUUUCCCGGGUUUCUGUCUGGACUGUUUCACCACGAAGAUCCCCUGCCCAGCAGGGACAAAGCCAUCGGUUCGGAUGAAGAACCGGUGUCUGUUGAAACGCAUGCUCCACGGGGAGCAGAUCACCUCUUUCGGAUGCAGGAUGUCGUGCAAGAACUCCACCAUCGUGAGGCAGUGCUGUCGGGGAUUCUUUGGAAAGCACUGUGAGAGUUGCCCGGGGCCCUCGGGGCAGCCGUGUUUUGGGAACGGGGUGUGCCAGGAUGGGACCGAUGGCCUGGGGACAUGUCAGUGCAAUCAGGGCUUCACUGGGACGGCCUGUGAGUCCUGCCAGCCUGGGCAAUACAGCAUCCACUGUGACCAGGACUGUAAGUGUGCCCACGGCCGGUGCAAGCAAGGCCCCCAGGGUGACGGGACGUGUGCGUGCGAUGCAGGCUGGCGGGGGGUGUACUGUGACACAGCCAAUUCCCAGGACACGUGUAGUGGGAGAUGCCACUCGAGCGCAAACUGCGUUGUCCAGGCAGAUGGCUCGUCCUUCUGCAAAUGCGCCACUGGGUUUGAGGGCAACGGGACGUACUGCAUCGGGACGGAUGCCUGUGCGCUGAACAAUGGCGGCUGCUCCAACAAGGCGACCUGCAAGAGGACCGGCCCCGGCAGCAGGGACUGUCUGUGCCAGGCCGGCCACUCUGGAGACGGCCUGGUGUGUGUGGCAAUCAACCCGUGCCUGGUCGGAAACGGAGGCUGCCACAGCAACGCAGAGUGUGUCCACACCGGACCCAAUAAGACGGUGUGUGUUUGCAACAAAGGUUUUACUGGAGACGGAAACGACUGCACAGCGAUCAAUCCCUGCAAAUCGCGAAACGGCGAGUGUCACAGGUUUGCCUCGUGCAACAUGACGGGACCCGGGGAGAGGAGCUGCACCUGCAAGAUGGGAUACGUGGGCGACGGCCUGCUUUGCAAAAGCACGGUGGAGGAGGAGCUUUUCCUGAACAAAAAUGCAUCAAUCAGGGAGUUUGUGUAUUACAUGGCGAGGGCCAGGGUGCAGGAGCUCAACGGCAUGGGCCCCUUCACCGUCUUCGCUCCCCCCGGACCGCUCUUCAGUGAAAACUGGAGCCAGUGGCGCGCUAAAGGGCUGGUGUCGGACAUCAUGAGGUACCACGUCGUGUCGUGUCGCACGCUGCUCCCAGCCGACCUCACCAAGCCCAGGAACCUGACCACGCUGCAGGGGGAGGCCCUCUCCAUCACGUACUCAGAGGACACCAUCUUCAUCAACGGCCAGACGAGGGUGGUGUCCAGCGACUCUGUGAGUGCCAACGGCAUCAUACACAUCGUGGACGCCGUGCUGCUGCCCCCCAGCGUGCAGGCCCAGCUGAAGAACCCCCCGGCCGCGGCCGCGGCGACCGUUCCGGCGCCGCAGAACCUGACGGAUUUGGCCAAAGCCCACGGCUACGCCACGUUCACCAAGCUGCUGGAGGACACGAACGUGAUGAGCUUGCUGAAUGACCGCCUGCACCAGCCGGUCACCCUGUUCUGGCCCACGGACCGGGCCAUGGCAGCCCUGCCUCAGGAGCAGAAGGACUUCCUCUACAGCACCGAGAACCGGGCCCAGCUCCAGGAGUACCUGAAAUACCACAUCGUCCGCGACGCCACGGUCUACUCCUCUGCGCUGGUCUACACUCCUCUGAAGACUCUCCAGGGCUCCGACUUGCGUGUGAAAUGCGCCGGUGAUGACGGCAUAGGAAAACUCCUCAUGAACAACCGCAACUGCCAGGUCCUGCAGAGGCAGCUUCCCUUCAACGGAGGAAUCGCCCACGGCAUCGACUGCCUGCUGACUCCUCCCAGCCUGGGGGGGCGCUGUGACACCAUGGAAACCCUCACCGUCAACAGUCCCUGUGGGCGUUGCAACAGACCAACACGCUGUCCGUCUGGAAGCAAAUUAAAGGAGAAGAAGAAAUGCGACCUUGCUAUAAUGGGGGCUUCGAAGAUGCCGGGUUGCCAGGCCGAGUGCACCGUGGUGUUCUGGCGCUUAAAGUGCUGCAGUGGCUACUCCGGCCGGGACUGCCUGGCCUGUCCCGGAGGGCCCAAAUCCGUCUGCAGCAAACACGGCACGUGUGACGAGGACCACCUCGGGACGGGCAACUGCACCUGCGACCCGGGGUUCGAGGGCGUGGCCUGCGAGCUGUGUGCCCCCGGACGAUUCGGCUCCAGCUGCAAAGCCUGUAACUGCACGGAGCACGGCUCAUGCCAGGAGGGUAUGAAGGGGACGGGAACCUGCUUCUGCGCAGAGGGCUGGACUGGCAAACGCUGCGAGAGCCCAUUGGUGGUACAGCCCGUCUGCACCCCAGCCUGCUCCCCCGACGCUGUGUGCAAGGAGAACAACACCUGCGAGUGCAAGCCCUUCUACGACGGAGACGGCCUCAUCUGCACACUGGCAGACCUGUGUGCUCAGAUGAGUGUGGGCUGUGCGGCGGAGGCCAGGUGCACACAGAAAGGAGUGAAGGUCACCUGCACCUGUGAGAGGGGCUACUCGGGCGACGGCUACAUCUGCGCUCCCAUCGACCCCUGCCUCGCCGACGACACGGGCUGCCACGAGCACGCCACCUGCACCAUGACGGGCCCGGGACGGAGGAAGUGUGACUGUAAGACCGGUUACAUCGGGGAUGGCGUGAACUGCGAUGUCAGGGAGCUGGCGAUCAACCGCUGCGCCCAGGACAACGGGCAGUGCCACUCGGACGCCCAGUGCACAGACCUGCACUUCGAGGACACCAAGGUGGGCGUGUUCCACGUCAGGUCCCCGCUGGGACAGUACAACCUGAACUACACCGAGGCCCAGCAGGCCUGCCAGGACCGGGGCGGGACCAUGGCCACCUACAAGCAACUGUCCUAUGCCCAGGAGGCCGGCUUUAACAUGUGCUCAGCCGGCUGGCUGGAGAAGGAGAGGGUGGCCUACCCCACCACCUUCUCCAGCCCCAAGUGCGGCUUCGGCCACGUGGGCAUCGUGGACUACGGGCCGCGGGUCAACCUGAGCGAGACCUGGGACGCCUUCUGCUACCGCAUGCAGGACGUGCAGUGCGCCUGUAAGCCCGGCUACAUCGGCGACGGGUACGACUGCACCGGCAACCUCCUGCAGGUCCUCACCGCCACGCCCACCUUCUCCAACUUCCUGUCCCAAAUCCUUAACUACUCCAGUUACUCGAGGCAGGGCAAAGAGUUCCUGGGCCGGCUGAACAACAUCACCGUCCAGUCCACCCUGUUCGUGCCGGACAACAGCGGGCUGUACGACAACAAGACCCUGUCGGAGCGGGACAUGGAGUACCACCUCUCAGAGGGCGGGGCGCUGUACCUCCAGGACCUGACGAACGGCACCCGCAUCAACACCCGGCUGGGGCACAGCCUCCAGGUCCGCGGCAUCGCCGACUUCCGCAACGCCAGCAUCCUGACCUCGUCCCGUUACAUCAACGCACAAUUCCUCAUCGACUGGGACAUCCUGGCGUCCAACGGGAUCAUCCACGUCCUCCAGGGGCCCCUGGAAGCCCCGCCCAAGAAGCCCGAGUUCCACGCGGGACACAAGGCCGGGAUGGGCCUGGGGCUGCUGCUGGUGGCUCUGCUCCUGGGCGCGGCCGCCUUCGUCCUGCACCGCUUCCACGGCCAGCGGGCCAAGCCCUUCCAGUUCCACUACUUCAAGGACGAGGACGGGGACCCGGCCGAAGCCCCACAGGCCGGAGACGACCCCGACGACCCCAAGGCCAACAUCUCCAACCCCGUCUACGACUCCGCGGGCCCCGCCCCCGCCACCCCGGCCGGCCCCGCCGCGUACCCCGCCUCCCCGACUCCCGCGUACUCUGCCUCCCCCUCGUACCCCUCCUACAUGGGCUUCUCGGACGGAGACACAGACGGUCUUGUGGAAAACGACCUGCUCCAGGACAGCUGAGAGGGGGUACACACACACACACACACACACACACACACACACUCACACACACACUCACAUGUCCCCGAACAACAGUCUCGUUGCAACCGCCGAUGUGGAUGUGGAGCAUGUGAGCUACCCAUGACCUUAUACCCACAGCAGCCACAAGAGGACACCACUGUAGCACUCUGCAGUCUGCCUACCAGUUGAACGGAACCACUCAUUUUUUUUUGUUACAUGAAACAAUAUGAACAAUUAAAAUAAAACCGUUCAUGGAAAACAGGUUGCUAGACGAAACCCAAACACAACUUACCUCUGCUGUUCUGCCAAUUGUACUUGUGUGCGUACAUCUGUACCGUUCACAGCGUGUGAGAAAUGAAGCGUUUUAAUUUCAUCCGCAUUUUGACAAGCUGUGAAAUUUUAUGUAGCAUCUAAUGUGAAAACGGGCAGUCCGUGUACGUUGAUUUGACCGUCGAAUUCUGCGUUCCCGUUAAAUGUGACUGAAGUGUGCUUGAGCAAAACUAAAAAGGAAUGAGAGUCCA